CAACUUCUCGCCAUCUCUCGGAAACAUGGCGUCGGAGCAUGGUCGGCGAGUUUCCUCCCGUGCCGUGCGGAGGCUUUGCGUGUGAGAAACCGCCGGAUUUUUCGUGCCUACAUCGCGCUGGACCUUCCGGGAUGAUGUAGCCAGCCGCUGCGGUGAACCCCGGUCGCAUGAGACCUACGCGUCUGCGGUGUUCCUAGCCCGUUUUAAUUUCUUGUGUGUGCACCCCCACAUCGGACGCAAACCGAACCACUUCUCCCAACAUGACGACUGACAAGAUCAAAGUGGCCGUGCGUGUCCGGCCGAUGAAUCGCCGAGAGGUGGAACUAGGGGCACAAUGCGUCGUCGAGAUGACCGAGGGCCAGACGAUCCUCUACAACAGCAACAAGGGUGAAGGGCGGAAACAUCCAAAGACGUUUGCCUUCGACCACUGCUUCUGGUCAUUCAACGAAGCAGACACGCACUUUGCCACCCAGGAGCAUGUCUACACCUGCCUAGGGACGGACAUCCUGGACAAUGCCUUCCAAGGGUACAACGCCUGCAUUUUUGCCUACGGGCAGACAGGCUCCGGCAAAAGCUACACCAUGAUGGGGACCGCAGACAACAAGGGGGUGAUACCGCGGCUAUGCGACUCACUGUUUGAGCGCAUCGCCUGCUCCGCGGACCCCAGCGUCAGUUACAAGGUGGAGGUGUCCUACAUGGAGAUCUACAACGAGAGGGUGCAUGACCUAUUAGACCCCAGGGGCGGGAAACAGCAUCUAAAAGUUCGGGAACACAACAUUCUUGGUCCGUACGUUGAUGGUCUUUCAACGUUAGCUGUGUCCUCCUACGAGGAAAUUAAUAACCUAAUGACAGAAGGCAACAAGUCUCGAACAGUCGCAGCAACUAACAUGAACAGCGAAUCCAGUCGCUCCCACGCAGUAUUCAAUAUUACCCUGACUUGUUUAAUCAGGGAUAAUGCCUCUGGGGUCACUGGAGAGAAAGUGUCCAAAAUGAGUCUAGUAGAUUUGGCCGGCAGCGAACGGGCGGUCAAGACUGGUGCCAUUGGCGAUCGUCUAAAAGAAGGUUCGAAUAUCAACAAGUCCCUGACAACGUUGGGAUUAGUCAUUUCCAAGUUAGCCGACCAGUCCUCGGGUAAAGCGAAGGAUUCCUUUGUACCCUACCGGGACUCCGUUCUCACCUGGCUCCUGAAGGACAACCUGGGAGGCAACAGUCGCACUGUGAUGGUGGCUGCCAUCAGCCCAGCAGCCGACAACUACGAGGAGACCCUCUCAACCCUGAGGUAUGCAGACCGGGCCAAGCGCAUCAUCAACCACGCCGUAGUCAAUGAAGAUCCCAAUGCCCGCAUCAUUCGUGAGCUCCGGGAGGAAGUGGAGAUGCUCAGGGAUCAGCUCAAGCAUGCCACGACGCCAGAAGGUCUGAGCGAACGUCUACGGGAGUCCGAAACACUGAUGCAAGAGAUCUCACAGACCUGGGAAGAGAAGCUGCGGAAGACGGAGAAGAUCCACCAGGAAAGGCAGCAAGCCCUUGAGAAGAUGGGCAUAUCAGUUCAGGCGUCGGGCAUCAAGGUCGAAAACGACAAGUACUACAUGGUCAACUUAAAUGCUGACCCUUCGCUCAACGAACUGCUUGUCUACUACAUGAAGGAGAGGACUCUUGUAGGACGUCCUGACGCUCCGUCCGAACAGGACAUUCAACUCAGCGGCCUGGGAAUCAUGCCCGAGCACUGCAUCAUAACUAUCGAAGGUCCUGAACUGUACAUAAUGCCACUUGAGGGAGCAAGGACCUGUGUGAAUGGGUCAGCCAUUGUGUCCAAGACACAGCUGCACCACGGUGAUCGUGUGCUCUGGGGCAACAACCACUUCUUCAGGGUCAACUGCCCACGAUUGCAAACAGGUGCCGGUGCAUUGGAGACGCCCAUUCUCGACCGGCCGAUCGACUACGAAUUUGCCCGUGAGGAAAUCAUGAUGAAGGAACUGGUAAACGAUCCCAUCCAGGCAGCUAUGCAAUCGCUUGAGAAGCAGCACGAGGAAGACAAACACAAUGCCCUGGAGAAGCAGCGUCAGAUGUACGAACGGCAGCUGCAGCUGCUACGCAACCAGAUGUCGCCGUCCACGCCGUACGCGCCCUACCUGCCCUUUGACCCGCUGGGGGCCAAGGCGGCUUCCUCGGGACUGCCCAGCCCCAGUGUCGCCUCACGCAUGGAGCGGUGGGCCAAGGAGAGGGAUGAGCUGUUCAAGAAGAGCCUGGCCAAACUGCGGGAGGACAUAGUGAAGGCCAACGCGCUCGUCCGAGAGGCCAACUUUUUGGCCGAGGAGAUGGGCAAGCACACGGAGUUCAAAGUCACCUUGCAGAUCCCAGCUGCCAACCUGAGCCCCAAUCGAAAGAAGAGUGCAUUUGUGAGUGAACCGGCCAUUCUGGUGAAACGCAAGAUUGAGGGCAGCCAGGUCUGGUCUAUGGAGAAGCUGGAGAACAAGAUCAUCGAUAUGCGAGAGAUGUACGAGGACCGAAAGGAGAGGCCACCAUCCCUCAAGGAUGAUAAAGAAUCCGCAUCGCCAAGCCUUGACCCUUUCUACGAGUCCCAAGAGAACCACAACCUCAUUGGUGUCGCCAACGUGUUCCUAGAGGUGCUGUUCCACAACGUGCGCCUCAGCUACCAUGUGCCUAUCAUCAGCCAGCAAGGGGAGAUUGCGGGCCGCCUGCACGUUGAAAUUAGCAAGACGGACGGUGCACUGCCUGAUCGGAGUGGUGAGCUGGACAGCAGUUUUCGAGGAUCGCUCCUCGACAUCUCGGACGACGGUUCCGGCAGACAGGUCACCGUCCGGGUUGCCAUCAGAAGUGCAGUGGGCCUGCCACCAUCCCUGUCCAAUUUCGUCUUCUGCCAGUACACGUUCUGGGGCCACACCGAGGCGGUUGUGGUGGCACCCGUAGUGGACACGGACACCAAGCCGGGCUCUCCCGGCAACGCUAACAUCACCUUCAAGUUCAAUCACGUACAGGAUCAUGUGGUACCCGUGACGGAGGAGUUUGUUGAGCACUGUGCAGAGGGUGCCCUGUCCAUCGAGGUCUGGGGCCACCGUAGCACAGGCUUCACUAGCUCUGGCCACGGCUGGGACCUGACCACGGGUGGGCCCCAGUCCCACAUCUCGCACUCCCUGGUGGACAGGUGGUCGGAGUUGAAGCGCAAGCUGGAGCUGUGGCUGGAGAUCCACGAGCUAACGGAGCAGGGCGAGUAUGCGCCCGUCGAGGUGGUGCCCCGGGGUGACGUGGGCACGGGUGGCGUGUUCCAACUUCGCCAGGGCCAGCAGCGUCGUCUGGUGGUGCGUGUGGCCCCUGUCAUCCGGUCUGGCACCCUACCCCUCAUUUGCCAGCACAUCGGCUCCGUUGCCGUGGGCGCCGUCUGCAUCCGCUCGCGCCUCCAGCGGCCCCUGGACUCAUACCAGGAUGAUGACCUUGGUGUAUUGCGAGAACGAUGGUGUGAUGCCUUGAGUCGGCGUUCCGAGUAUUUGGCAGAGCACCUCAAAAAGAUCACCGACAAACCGGUCAAGUCUGAUGAAGAUGCUGAUCGUGAGAAAAGCCUGAUCAACCAGUGGCUGCUUCUGACUGAAGAAAAGAAUGCAGUCCUGGCGCCACAGCCAGGAUCAGACAUUCCCGGCGCUCCCGCAAACUGGGAACCUCCUGUGGGGAUGGAAAACCAUGUACCUGUUAUCUUCCUAGACUUGAGUGAUGACAUGAGCGUGCCCAAUUCUGGUGAAAACGGACUUCAGGUUGCCGGCGCCAACUCCAUCCUGCCCAAGGAGCAGAACAACUCGUCACCGCUGUUCAACCUGCCAAUUGUGAAGCACUUCGACAAAGAGGUGUGUGCCGUGGCAGCGUGGGACUCGUCCAUCCAUGACUCUAUGCACCUGAACGCCCUGACGUCACCGAACGACCGCAUCUACCUCAUCCUCAAGGUGUCCGUGCGGUUGAGCCAUCCCGCUGUGAUGGAUCUCAUUCUGCGGAAGCGCUUUGCCAUCAACGUCUACAAGAAGCAGUCUUUAACUGAGAAAAUACGCAAGAGGAUCAGCAGACAGGACGUCUACUUUGCGUCGGGAGUGACGUACGAAAUUGUUGCCAGCAUACCAAAGGCUUUUGAAGAUUUGGAGGGUCGGGAAUCCCUGGCCCUGAUGGCCGCUUCCGGCGGAGACGGUGAAACGGGCGACGGCGAAAGUUACAUCGAGAAGUACACUCGCGGGGUUUCUGCCGUCGAGAGCAUCCUCACCCUGGAUCGCCUGCGUCAGGAAGUGGCCGUGAAGGAGUUGCUGGCGGCACAAGGGCGGCUGCUGCGCAAGACAGCCAGCGUACCUAACAUUGCGCAGGUCAUACGCACCGCAGAUGCUGGCUCCCCGCUGCGGCCAGACGAGACGGCACCGCACCGAUCGGACUCCGUCAUCAAUCUGGCAUCGUCGUCGCUCAGCGAGGGCCUCGACCGGUUCCUCAGUGAGGGGAAAAACGCUGCAAUCUCAAGCCUCGCACGACCCACAUUCCUCAACCUAAACUUCAAUCUAAACUUGAGCUUGCGGCAGGCGGCGGGUGCCAAAACCUCCUCCUUGGCUGUCCUGAGCCCGCAGCCAACCAAGUUUGUGAAGCCCAUGCGUACGGUCAUUGAGGAGCAGACUCAGCAUCGAGAGGCGCAACCCUUGUUGCUGGAAGACGACGAUGAGCAGUCUGAAGACGAGGAGAGGCCAACGGCGACGGCGCUUAGCAGGACUGACGUGGAGGCGGCAGCAGAUGCCACCGCUUCGGAAGUCAAGAAAGAGCAAGCGACGUCACCUUUGCUGGAUGUGGCCGAGAAAGCAGCGGAAGAAGAGAGCGGUCAGGUGCCGGAGUCCGAGGACAAGGACCAAAGGGAGGAGUUCACGGAGUUCAAGUCCUACUGGGCAGCCGGCAAAGAUGAGGAGGUGAAGUCCGAAGGCAGCGACGAUCGGCAGCCGAAACCAGUCGCCGCCAUGACUCACUCCAUCACAAGCGACGGCAUCGCCGACCUUGUGGGCAAGAUGGCCACUCCUCCAAGCAUGGUGUCCAGUGGUUAUGGGUCACAAGCCUUGUCCUCGACACCACUUUCUAGCGAGGACUCAGGGUCACUGCGGAGUGUCGGGGGAAACGAAGAUGCCGGCACCCCUGACCUCGUGGAUCCAAGGCCUGCGGCACCUACUGACAGCCAGUCCAACAUAAGUUGUGACAAGCCACAGGAAAAGUCGGACGGCACUGCGGAUAGAGCCAGAGACCAGGAACCGAAGCAGAAUCACCUAGACAACAUCGACGAAGCCAGGGAAAAGAGUUGCCACGUCAAAAACGCUAAAAGUACAAUCGCACAGGACAAGCUGCCUGCCGCACCUACAGUUCAAGAAGACAAAAACCUGCCACCUGCCAACACCUCUGAAACGCAGAGUUCGCCGGAAGACGCUGCUGUUAUCGGCCUGACCCAACUAGUGCAGCGAAGGCCGCAACCUUCUUCGGUCCAGCCUGAGCAGAGGCAGUCCUAUCCGGCAGCCAGCACUCCAGCCAGUAUAGACAUGUCCAGUUCAGUGCCUGAACUCAACCUGCCACGCUCCGGCUCUCCGGCCGAUGGCAUCGGCCCCGCCUCGUCAUCCUCGUCCGACGAGAACCUCUCCGUCAGUACGACCAGUGAUGAGGCACUAGAUGUGUCCUUGACGGCUGAUUGGACAGCUCCGGCUUGGCUAGUGCUGGGCGAGAGUGUCAUGAUCAGUCCGUACAACAAGACAGGCGUGGUCUCCUUCCUGGGGCCAACGCAGUUUUCUCCCGGGCUCUGGGUCGGCGUAGAGUUGGACACUCCCACAGGACGCAACGACGGCACUGUGGGAGGUGUGCGAUACUUUGAGUGCAAGCCCAAGUACGGAGUGUUCGUGAGGCCCGACAAGCUGGUGCUGGAUAAGAGGGGCCGCAUGGUGCGCCAGAGUCGGGCUUCCGCGGCUGCCAACGCUUCUGCCAAGGGAACUGGUCGGGACAGCAUUAUGUCCAGAAGCAUGGGCAGCCUGCAGAGUAGCCGGGUGUUACUAGGGUCGACAGAGAAUGUCGCGCGGCGGGCCAGCGGCGUCUCCGAAAUGGUCCGGUCCACUACUUCAAGGUCCAGCCCCCGCUCCCACAAGUGAGACUGCGCAGCAGCCAGGACAGAGAAGCCAGCCAGGCAUUCACUGAGGAAGCAUGUAUGCCGCGUUCAUUGACCCCCCAGUGCUCCCCUCCUGCCACUCGCAAUUUUAUGUGAUGGUUUCUUCGUGGCAUUGCCUCGUUUUAGUGUUUGUUUGUUUGUUUCUUUUUUUUUUUAACCCUUCAGGUCCACCUCUAUGCUGUGACAAGUAUUUGGUUCGGUAAUUGUUAAAGGAUCCUUCUGCCUGUACUACUGGUUUGUUAACGCUCCGACCUCGCACAGUGUGCAUUUCAUUGCCUUGUACAACAACACGUACGGCAUCAAUACUCGCCUGGUUUGUUCCGCAGUUGUAAACAAGGAUCACUGUCGUCUGCAAAUGAUGCCAACAGAAGUGAAGCGUAAUUGCUGUCGUCCACAAACCUGGCAGUCAACAGAGCAAGUCUAGCAAGCAGAAUGGUCCGGUCUCACUGUCUGCCUGCAGGAGUAGACGUAAGAAUGCAAUCUCUGU